UCUGUCCUUUGCUUCUAGUCUUCUACACUCACUGUCCUUUUGCGAACACACACACACACUCACACUCACACUCAGAGACUCAAGCAACCAGAAAAGAAACACUUAGAUCUGAGUCAUUAUACUCUGAAACCCGACCCAUCUAGUGUGAUCCGGUUCCUUCCCUCUAAGCCAUAGUGAGAUGGCAGCUGUAGAGGCCGAAAAUCCUCUUAUUGGACAAAUUACUUGCGGCUCCUUACUGCAGCAGCUGCAGCAAAUUUGGGAUGAAGUUGGUGAAAGUGAUGAGGAACGAGACAAAAUGCUCCUUCAGUUAGAGCAAGAGUGCUUGGAUGUAUACAAGAGAAAGGUUGACCUGGCUGUGAAAUCCAGAGCACACCUUCUUCAGACUUUGGCAGAUGCUAGAGUUGAACUCACCAACCUCCUAUCAGCUCUUGGAGAGAAGACUUAUGUUGGAAUUCCUGAGAAGACAUCAGGAACCAUCAAGGAACAGCUUGCAGCUAUAGCUCCUGCACUGGAAAAACUUUGGAAACAGAAGGAUGAGAGGAUAAAAGAGUUCUCUGAUGUUCAAUCUCAAAUACAGAAGAUAUGUGCAGAAAUUGCUGGAACUAGUGACAAGGUGGAGAGUCCUGCAGUCAACGAGUCUGAUCUAUCGCUGAAGAAAUUAGAUGAGUUUCAUGCUCAGCUCCAAGAACUUCAAAAAGAAAAGAGUGAUAGGUUGCACAAGGUUCUUGAAUUUGUCAGCACAGUUCAUGAUCUUUGUGCCGUCCUUGGCAUGGACUUCCUUACAACUGUCACAGAAGUGCAUCCAAGCCUAAAUGACUCUACUGGUGUACAAUCAAAAAGCAUUAGCAAUGAGACACUAUCGAGGUUGGCUGAGACAGUUUUAGCACUAAAGGAAGACAAGAAACAGAGAUUACAGAAGCUUCAAGAACUGGCAACUCAGCUUAUUGACCUUUGGAAUUUGAUGGACACACCUCCAGAAGAACGUAGCCUAUUUGACCAUGUCACUUGUAAUAUUUCAGCUUCAGUUGAUGAAGUUACUAUACCUGGGGCUCUUGCUUUGGACCUCAUUGAACAGGCUGAAGUGGAGGUUGAGAGGCUUGAUCAGCUAAAAGCUAGCAGAAUGAAGGAAAUUGCUUUUAAGAGGCAAUCUGAGCUUGAGGAGAUAUUUGCUCAGGCACACAUAGAGAUUGAUACUGAGGCAGCUCGAGCAAAAAUUUUGUCACUCAUUGAUUCAGGGAAUGUCGAGCCCGCAGAGUUAUUGGCUGACAUGGAUAAUCAGAUAGUAAAAGCAAAAGAAGAGGCCCUGAGCAGGAAGGAGAUAUUGGAUAAGGUUGAGAAAUGGAUGUCAGCUUGUGAAGAAGAAAGUUGGCUUGAAGACUAUAAUAGGGAUGAGAACAGGUAUAAUGCCAGCAGAGGUGCACACUUGAAUCUGAAAAGGGCAGAAAAGGCACGAAUCCUGGUGAAUAAAAUUCCAGCCCUGGUUGAUAGCUUAGUUGCCAAAACCCGUGCGUGGGAGCAAGAGCGUGGCAUAACAUUUACUUAUGAUGGUGUUCCGCUACUCGCCAUGCUAGAUGAGUAUGCAAUGCUCAGACAGGACAGAGAAGAGGAGAAGAAGAGGUUGAGGGACCAGAAGAAGUUUCAUGAACAGAUGAGUAAAGAACAAGAAUCCAUGUUUGGUGCGACACCAAGCCCUGCUCGACAGCCUAGCACCAAGAAGGUGGUUGGCCCACGAGCAAACGGAAGCGCCAAUGGAAGUUCUAGCAGACGGCUCUCUCUAAAUGCUCAUCAAAAUGGUUCCAGAUCUAUAAACAGAGAUGGGAAGAGAGAAAACAGGCCGGUUGCUCCGGUGAACUAUGUCGCCAUAUCAAAAGAGGAUGCAGCAUCACACAUUUCUGGGACUGAGCACCUCCCGAGUACACCCUAAGUAUUGCCCAGACCAAAGAUCUGUUGUUCCAUAUAUCUUUUUGAUAUCUGUUGUGUUUAUUAAUGCUUACCAGUGUAGUGGUCACUGUCAGUAGGAUACGUGUUGUUGAAUACAUUAGGUGUUUGUCUUUAUAUUGAGGCUAAUUAGUAAGUAAUUUCAACUCAAAUUACAACAUCAAGCAACCCAACCAGUAAAAUUCAAUGUACAACCAACCCCUCUGAAGUGCACCGGAAUUGGGAUCAAAAGCUUAAUGAGGCCAAAGAUGGAAACACGAUUGCUUGUGGCUUUUCGUAGUCUCAGUAGUUAAGUUUGUAAAUUAAGCUAAGGUUGUCGACGCAAAUGUGAAAUCCUGCUUUUCUCUCUCUCUUUCUACAUUCUUUUCUUCUGACAAACGUUUCUCGUGAAA